AUGUCAGAGUUAAUUGUGAAUUCAGCGAUUGCCUAUCGCACAACGAACUUCGACUGCGGUCCGUAUGGAUUUAUUUGCGAGCCAAAUAAUAAAGUGAGGCUAUGCGAGGGAGACAACAUAAUUGGCCCUGCGUUCCUUUGCCCGCCAAACACAGUGUGCAACGAAGAUUCCAGCGACGUGUGUGAGAACACCGUUAACUAUAUAGAUCCUGGCUUCAAUAAAGCGGUACGUUGCCAUCGGAACGAGAGGAUCGCAGAUCCGAGCGUGCCCGGCUGCAAAGGAUACAUCCUCUGUAUUCCAAACAAAAGUCGCUUUCAAGGCAUAAAAUUCAAAUGCUCUGGCAAUACGAUAUUCAAUGGCUUCACAAGGACUUGUUCAGCGCCGACUAAAUAUAGAUGUCCUCUAUUAAACUCUACGAAGAACGGACUCGAAUUAUUUAACGAAAACAGAAGAAUCGAUACGUAUCAGGGAAAUUUAAAGAACAGAAAUUCCGAAAAUCCUGCACAAAAACCAAAACCAAUCGAAUGCAGAAAUUAUAAAUUUUCAGUUACGCAGGAUAGUGUUCCCGUAAAAGCGACUUACUUCUGUCCCUCGCGGCCUGUUGUAGGCGAAAAUUCAGUACGAUGUACUAUAUUUUCCAAUCAGUUUUGUAUUACCCUAGAAAGAGAUAGCGAAGAUCAAUUUUUACACAGAACUGGAGUGGCAUAUCGAAAGCCAAGAAUGUGAUGUUUGAAACAAAACUACCGCUGUUACUGACUAUUGGUUUACAACCUACCACUAAAUAUAUGUGAUGAUUAGACGCACGCAAUAUGAACAAAAUAAGCCAA